AUGCUGCAAAAGCGGGGCAGGCUGGACGACGAGAAUGGCAUUUACAAUGCCGAGCAGGACGACGAAGAUUUGCUCGACUACAUGAGCCACAACGAGACGAUGACUCUGCGACGCGAGGUUCGGGACGCUCGAAACCACUACAACAACAGCCACCUGCUCUUCAACAUUGCGCCCCUGCAGACGAUGGUCAGCCCAGCCACCAUUUAUGCGGCAUUUCGUCGACAAAUGACCACGUACCUGCAUCGGCCAAAGCUGGGAGUGGCCACGUGGCGACACGCCGCAACCUUCUGGAUGACGACGUUUGUGAUCAACCGACUGUCGGCCGAGACGACCGGCGCCCUGGGCAGCCUGAUCCACACUCAAGCUCAACACUCUGGGGGCACGGCCCAGCGGGCCUAUGCGCGCACAGCCAGUGACCAUGUGCAAACCAAAAUGUCGUCGCGACUGAUGCAUCAAGUGGCCUCGCAAAAAUGGCAUGCUUUGUUUGGACUAGAUCGCAAGCGCAGCAUAGCCGAGUUGACCGCGAACCAAGAAGCAUUGGAAGCUCGCUAUCCCAUCAGCUGGAACCCGGUGACUGACCUCUCGCCCGAGGCAAACGGGCGUAUCAUCAUGAACACGAGGGCCGAGCAUGACGUACCCUACAUGACCCAGCUGGCCAAGCAGGCAAGCAUCUCGUGGGGCCACAGUUUCAACAGCCAAGAACAGUUGGACCUGGCUGUGGCCAUUGACCAGCACCGGCCGGAAGAUGGAUGGCUAAUUGUUGUUGCACCGACAGGCAUGGGUAAAACAUUUUGUACCCUGCCCAAGCUGGGCUGUCGCCCGCAUGCUUGUACGCUGCUGUGGAUUGUGCCGUUUGUGGCCGUGGCCAACGAUUUAUUGCGGCGAUUUCAAGGCGCAGGUCACAGUGCCCAGCGAUGGCUUGGUCCCUCUACACAGGUGGCAGAUGGCCUGGACGUGCUCAUCGUUACGAGCGACAUGUUUGUCCGCGUGGGAUCUGAAUCCCUACACGGGAAGGUCUGCUUUCAGCGCAUCCGCACCGUGGUGAUGGACGAGGCGCACACCCUCAUCUCAGAUGCCAGCUACCGAGAUGUGAUGGACGAAGUCGCAGCCAGUGUGGGUUCUGGCGGAUGGACCAACAUCAAACGCGUGGCGUUGACGGGCACACUUUGCAUCGGGGACCAGGAGCAUCUGUUUCGAAAGCUGGGGCAGCAAGUCGGGGGCAAGGUGUACCGUUUGGAGACGAUGCGUCGCGAUCUGCAGCUGCGUGUGCUUCACGGAAACCAGCUAAACUUUUUGUCGCAUGUGCAAGCCAUUGUGGACACGCAGCGGAUGAUGCGUCAGGCGAAUGGGGAGCGUGUGCACAUGAUGGUCUUUUGUGACACCGUGAACGAGGUGAAGCUGCUGUGUGACCAGCUGCACGCAUACGGCUACAUGGCCUUGCCCUACUACACCGACCUGGAGGAGAAGGCGCAAAAGGACCAUGUGGCACAGUGGCAACGGGGUGAAUGCGACGUCAUUGUGGCCACCAGCUGCCUCAGCACGGGUGUGGAUUUGCUCACCAUUCGCCACGUGCUGUGGUAUGGCAACGGCUACAACGUCUAUACGCUGGCCCAGGCCUUUGGUCGGGCUGGUCGCGAUAAACAGGGUGGAACUGCCGAGCUGUGGCUACCAGUGAGACGUGGGCCAGCACCAGGCAUGGAAAAGUUUGUCGAGGGCAGUGCGUGCCGCAGCUGGGCGCUCGGCAAGUUGCUAGAUCCCCGCGCCGCGACAUGCUUUGCUGCCGGCCAGCCGCUUUGUGACGUGUGCGCAGGAACAGCACAGCGCCUGGAGCCAGCAAGAGCUGCGCGCCAGCAGCGCGCUGCCCAAGCGUUGAGUGUGGCGCAUGUGGAAGCAGAGCCCGAGGCGAUGGCGGAGGAGGAAGAUGUGUUGUCUGAGCCACCUGCAGCACGGCUCGAGGAAAAAGAAUCGAUCGGGCCAGAGUCCGCUUUGGAUGUAGCUUCAGCAUCAAACGUCGAAACGGCAGCGUCUUCAGGACGAGCUGCCGUUGCGGCGCAGUCGAGCAGAAGCACUCCACGUGCCCAGGACACGGCUGUGGUGGCGACAAAUGCAGGGCCAAUGACGGAUGCUGCCGUGCCACAGAUGCAGACGAGUGCUGCUUGGAUUGAUGAGGCAGCUACAGCAUCCAUGUCGGUGCCAGCUUCACCCAUGGUCUCUGAUGCUGAUGACGAGGCGCCUUUACAGCAAGAGGCGCGUGGCCCGGUGCAAACCAAGUUGGCAGAGGGCGAGAGCACGCCACAGCCAGUCAUGCAGUCAGCAGCACAGCCAACCCCCACGAAACACACGCCAACCCCGUCGGCCUCGAUCAUUUGCGUGCCAGUACCAUCGGCCUCGGGUUCAACCUCCUCUCCGGCGCGAUCGGCUGCAAGCUCAGCCUCGGGUACACUGCGGCGUAAGCGAGUGCCGCUGGCUGCUGAAAGUACAUGUGCCCCUGGGUCUGACGAUUAUGACGACGAUGGCAACGGCAUUGCUACCAGCCCUGCUCCCUCAACAUCCAAGCGAACGGCAUCGGAUGUCACGUGCAUAGCUGCUGCUUCUUCAACAGCGGCGCAAGCAGCAGAGUCGCCUCUUCCCGCAGCAAAACGAGCAGCAUCAAGUGGCACGCGCACCGCCACCGUUGCCGCUACUGCUACCACUCGCUCUGAAGCCACGACACGCCACGAUGAAGCGGAUGGGCGGGGCGCGCGCGCGCUCCUGGUGGUGCGUUGUCGUCGUUGUGGCGCGACGGGCAAGUGCUGCCGAGGUGCAAGCGACGUCAUGGAUGAACGGGUGGCCAAACGACAUUGCCGCGUGACCGUCAUGGAUGGACCAUUCUUGCUGAUCUCGUGUUGGGCUGCCAUUUGUUGUCAAGACAAUUCCUCGAUCUACCCAUGA